CAGUCUUGAACCGCACAUUUCGUUCACAAUACACUUCCUUCUUUUUCGCCAAAAUGGCAGAGAAGACUUUGUCUCACCUCAAUAUCGAGACAUCGAUAUCCCCAGAAACAAUCCCCGCCUCACCCUACAUUCCUGGCUCAGGCAAUGUCUUCCCCAAGUUCGUUGAUGCAAUCUCACAAACGGGUUGGGAACUCUGGUACUUCGAUGGUGUUUCCAAAGAUGACCAGUCAGCCAUCUCUAUUGGCAUCAACAGAAGUGCUGAAGGUCUGAAGCACGGCGGUUUCAAAGUCCAGAUCUUUACGAUUUGGCCUGAUGGACAUACCUGGCACCGUGAUUUGUACUUCCCAGAGUCAAUUGCCACUUCUGAAAAUGGACACGUCACUGGUCUAUGGGAGAAUACCGCUACUGGAGGCAAAGUCUCAUUCUCUGUGACUAGAGACUGCUCCUUGACUGUCUUGGCCUUUUCUGUGCCUGGUGUUGUUGAUGGAACCAUGCAAUUGGAGGCUCUACCUGGAGACACAGGCCUCGACACCAACCCAGAGCUAGGCCCUUCUGUUCAUUACGUCCGUCCCAUGGGAAGGGCCUCUGUCAAAGCAGAGCUAUCGCUCUUCUCCCAAGACAGUUCAACAUCUGAGCAAUUCGUCCUUGGUCCAUCAGCAAACGGCGGCAUGGAUCGUGUCUGGACACUAUACACCUGGCCACAAAUCAUGACAGAGUCAUAUUAUCUCCGGGCCCAAGUCGGCCCCUACGCAAUGCAAAUAAUGCGCAUCUUCUCCGAACCAGAAACCGGAGGCAAACCAUACACAAUGGCAAGACUCUACCGCGACGACAAGCUCGUCUGCGCAGCAAAUCAAGUUCUCACCUACGAGGAACAAGAUUUCUCCCAAGACUCUUUGAUUCUCAGCAAGCGCUACGACGCGUCUUCUGAGGAUGUAGUUGCAGGUGCGUAUCGCGACAAGAACAUUGGCUAUAUAGUUGAGUUCGUUGCCAAGGGAACGGGUGGACAACGAUGGAUGUUUCAGGUUGAUCAUGAGCGUAUUUUCUGGAAUUAUCCUACGAGUGCGCCUGGGCCUGAAGGAACGGGUAACACGGGGUUUGUUGAGUCGGUCAUUGGGGGCGCGGAUGAGGAGGCGUAUUUUGGGGUUGGGACGGGGGGCCAAUGCCAGUUGAGCUAG